CUAAGUUCCAAUCCCCCGGCACUUGAACCAGACUGCACGUAUUAUAUGUACAUACAUACUGAUGUUGUAUGUACAUAUGUGCAUAGUUACAUGAUUUUGCAUUUUGGUUAAAUAAAAAAUAGAUGGGUUUCAAGUUUUAUGAUAAACAGACCAACGAAUUUUCAUGAUAACGAUAACGAAUAUCUCUUUUGACAUCUUACCAUCCAAAGUUUAAACUGAUUUUCAAACGGUUGUGAGGACUAGACUUUUAAAAAUUAUACUUUUAUUUCCGCUACACCAAGCUUUCUACAAUGAAGGUUGACUUUAUUAGGGUCGCAAAUUAAUAAAUAUACGAUAAAUUUUCUGACAGAACACUUAAAAAAUAUUUUGAUCAUAAAUUACAAUAAGUUUCCCUAGAAAAUUUAUGAAUUUUUUUAUAAGAGGCAGAAUAGCUGGUAACGAGACAGGAUUUAUUUUUUUCCAUCCUGUACAUAAAUGAUGACGAAUGAUAAACAGAUAAAUCGAGCAUCCCGUUCAGUCAUCAUUAGUCUUACUCAUUGCUCUCCAAUAUACACAUGUGUUCUUUUACAUUUAAUUUAAACCAGGUUAAUUUACAAUGAAUUUUACAAAUACAUUUAAAUUUGUUUUGAUUGGAGAUUCGGGCGUGGGAAAAACUGCCCUUGUGAAUCAGUUAACCAGAAAAGAAUUUUACCCCGGUCACUAUACAACUAUUGGCGUGGAUUUAGCAAUGUAUGGCGUCCUCCUUGGUGAAAAACGUAUCCAUUUACAACUCUGGAACAGCGCUGGGCAAGAAAGAUUUCACUCCAUGACAAAAUGCUGUUUACGCGGCGCCGCUGGUGCAAUUUUGGUGUAUGAUGUCACGGCUAGAGAAACAUUUGACAGUCUACACCGCUGGGUGGAAGACAUUAAAGAAAUCGCCAUGUCGAACACGGUAGUGAUGGUGGUUGGGAAUAAAUGUGAUCUUGAGUCACAACGGGUCGUGAGUCAGGAAGAGGGAGAGAAAUUUGCUCGGGAUCGUGGUUUCCUGUUUAUGGAAACAUCAGCCCAGAAUUUUCAAAGUGUGGAGGAAGCUUUCACUAUAACAGCGAUAAAAAUUAAUGACAAAAUAAUGGAACAGGGUGUUUUUGACUGGGACAAUCACCAAAACGGUAUUCGACUCAGCAAUUUGCUUACUGGACGUUGGAAAACUCGAUGCUGUUAAUUUCUCAGUGUAUGUAAAUCUUACAUUAAUUACAGUUUUACAUAAAAAUUCACGUGCGAAGAGGGGAUGAAUUACUUAAAAUAUUAUUUUUUUUAAAAUAAUUAUUCCGGCAUUAGUAUUUAAAUUACCAAUUAAAAGUUGCAUGCUUCUACGAAAUAAAAUAUUAAAAGAUUGAAUUAAAUUGACUUUAUUUCAUAUCUCGAAAACCACAUGUACAUAUGUCUGUAUCUAUGUUUCACCUACUUUGAUA